UGAAACAUGGGCUGGUGAGCCGCCGGUGUGGAGCCGACGGGCAGUGGGUGACGGGGAACGGCCGCCCCGAGGGUGCCCACCAGCUGAUGGUGAGCUUCAAGGUGCUCUACACCGUGGGCUACUCGCUGUCGCUCCUGACCCUUGUCUCUGCCCUGCUUGUCCUCACCAUCUUCAGGAAGCUCCGCUGCACCAGGAACUACAUCCACGCCAACCUCUUUGCCUCCUUCGGGCUGCGGGCGACCUCGGUGAUGGUGAAGGACGCGCUGCUGGAGAAGCGCUGGGGCAUGGAGGUGGUGCAGAUGGCCGACUGGGAGGCUUUGCUGAGCCACGAGGCGGCGCUGGGCUGCCGGGCGGCGCAGGUGCUGAUGCAGUACUGCAUCCUGGCCAACCACUACUGGUUCCUGGUGGAAGCCGUCUACCUCUACAAGCUGCUGAUCGGGGCCGUCUUCUCUGAGAAGAAUUACUACAGGCUCUACCUCUACCUGGGCUGGGGGACCCCCGUGGUGUUCGUGGUGCCCUGGAUGGCUGCCAAGUACCUGAAGGAGAACGUGGAGUGCUGGGCGCUGAAUGAGAAUAUGGCUUACUGGUGGAUCAUCCGCAUCCCCAUCCUGCUCGCCUCCCUGAUCAACCUGCUGAUCUUCAUGCGGAUCCUCAAGGUGAUCCUGGCCAAGCUCCGUGCUAACCAGAAGGGCUACGCAGACUACAAGCUGCGGCUGGCCAAAGCCACGCUCACCCUCAUCCCCCUCUUCGGGAUCCACGAGGUCGUCUUCAUCUUCGCCACCGACGAGCAAACCACGGGCGUCCUGCGCUACGUCAAGGUGUUCUUCACCCUCUUCCUCAACUCCUUCCAGGGCUUUCUGGUGGCCGUGCUCUACUGCUUCGCCAAUAAGGAGGUACGUACCCACCACAGCUUCUCCUGCCCGGUGCUGGGGCUCGGCCCUGCCUCGCCCGGUGGCUUUGUCAUCCCCACCCUUGCCUGCUCGGCCUGUGGGGAGGGCACGGCCAGGGAAGAGCCGCCGCUCUCUCCUCGGCCACGGCAGGGCGAGGUGGAGGGGAAGAUCUGCCUUGCAACCGCUGUCAGCAUUGGGAUCUUGGCACUGACAAACCAAACCAGAGUCUCCGCCAUCAGCAUUUGCCACAAAAGUGAGUUCUUUGGGAUUGAAUAA